GCUGGUUUUGUGAUGAAUAAAGUGCCGUUGGAAGAGUCUUGUGUAGACAGGGUGGAGAAUAGAUCAUCUGAGACUCUCAACUGUGAAAAAGCGAAAUCUUACUUUGUUCUUGAAGUUCGAAAUAUUCCUGGCGGCACAAGCAAAGAAAAGAUUGAAGAAUUCUUUUCAGCGAUAGCACCAGUUUCCGGGGUUAUCAUUGAGCCAUGUGCCAACUCAGAUAGUUGUAUCUGUUAUCUAUUUAUUGACAAUGCUACUGUUGCCUAUACUAUUAUUGAUACCUGUAAUAGCAAAAUUCCUUUUGAAAAUAGUGCUAAAAACCUUGUUGUGAGCUUUUCAGACUUCUUUCACUCCAGUCCUACGAAGAAUAACACUCUCAACGCUGCUGAUGUCUCAAGUCCGGGGUCCUACAAGGAUAGUUCUCCUAUCCCUACAUUAUCUCAGUACCCUGUGUGUGGAUAUAAUACAUCCCCCUCUUGUUUGUCUUUUACCUCAUCGCUCUCCACCCUCCCCACUUCCCAACCCUCCCAUUCCAUCUCUUCCUCCGUCGCUCCUAUCGCUUCUAUCGCUCCUGUCGCUCCUGUCGCUCCUGUCGCUUCUGUCGCUUCAGCUGCAUCAGCUGCAUCAGCCGCUCCUGUCGCCCCAAUCGCUUCAGCCGCUUCAGCCGCUUCAGCUGCAUCAGUCGCCUCGGUCGCGGAGUGCCAAGAAGAGCCUCCCGAGCAGCUCCAUCUAAGCCAGAUUCCCUCGACCGACUCUCUGGACGCGCCCUACUUCUCGCAGGUGUCUCCGAGCGAGCAGUGGGAUCUCGACGUGAUGACGGGGUCGGACAAGGUGAGCGGAGCGUUCCAGGAAGGCCCGGAAGGCGCGAAUCUGUUCGUGUACCAUCUCCCGCACGAGAUGGCGGACUCCGAUCUGACCACGCUGUUCGUUCCGUACGGGACGAUUCUGAGUGCGAAGGUGUACGUGGAUAAACAGACCGGAGAGAGCAAGGGGUUCGGGUUCGUGAGCUUCAACUCGUUCGAGGCGGCGCAGGAAGCGAUUCGACAUAUGAAUGGGUUUCAGAUCGACUCGAAGCGGCUGAAAGUGCAGGUGAAGAAGAAGAGGGUGGGGGAGGGGAGAGGGGAUGAGGAAUAG